AUGUCUGACGAAUUCGAAAAAAUAAUUGCGGCAAAAGACUUGAAUGUUGACGGACUGGAAAUUGCCACAACGAAUAUAAAAAACGUAUUAAAUAAUUUUUAUCACUUGGCACAUUUAAACCAAUCCCAAAAUCAACCCCAAGACCAGAAAAUCAACUCUAUUGUGAACGAAAUCAAAGAGCAAGGUGUAAAAUUCCGUGAUGUUACCGCACAAAGUCUUGUCGAUGUUCAGAAAUCGAAAAUGUUGGCAAACGAUGUUCAAUCAUAUAUUGACAAAUUGACCGAUGGCGUUUCUUCGAGUGACAUGGAUGAAGUGUUAGACGAUAUAUCCGAUUCAAUUAAACAGAUAAUUGAUGGUUGUAAGAAGACAGUCGAUGGAUAUAAAGAAAUUAACAAAUCGUUAAACGGAAUCUAUCAAAACUUAAAGCAACGUGAAGAUGAAAUUAAAAAAGAGAAGGACGAACACGAAGGAACUCGUCAAAAACAUAGAAUAGCUAGCAUUGCAACCGGAAGUGCAUCGGCAGGCCUUGCAAUUUUAGGUCUCAUUCUUAUUCCAUUCACAUUUGGAGGAAGUACGGCCUUCAUGACACUUGGUGCCGCCGGUUCGAUAGCCGCUAGUGGGGUGGCUACAUCCGUUGCUCUUCGUACAAGUUGGUUGGAAGAAUGUGAAAAAAAUCUACGUCAUAUUCAAGUAAUUGAUAAAGAAAUAGGAAAUAUUAUCAACGUUGUUCAAGGUUUUGGAAUGUGGUGGAACGUAACGUUGCAAAAUGUGCAAGCGUCCAAAGAAAGAACUGAAAAUAAGAUCAAGGCUCAAAUGGAUCGAAAAAAAAUUAAAUUAAACAAAAUCAUUGCGGGAAAUAUGAAGAAGGACUGGGUCGAAUUGGAAUCUCGAUUUGAAAACUAUUGCACGGAGAUUAACAAUUUGAUCGUUUAG